AUGACAGCAAAAUCAGCCAGAGAGGACCGAAAUAAAUACUGGGCUGAAAUUGCAAUCUCUAUGGAGCAGGCCUCAAACGUUGGUGAUACUCGAAAGCUUAACCAACUUAUUCGCCAGGCUAGUAGUAGACUGUCUUCACUGAGUGACUCAGUUCGUGAUGUGAAUGGCAGCUUUAUUGCUGACACCGCGAAUACGAUUGAACGCUGGCGAGAGCACUUCGAGCACCUCCUCAACUUAGAUACGGAGCCCACCGUCCCCUGCUCCCAUCUACAGUCGAGCCUCCUCCAUCUCUCACUUAUCUAG